AAUUCAGUGUGUCCGCCAUCCUAAACCCUAAGUAUAAAUUCCGUCGCUCUCUCAUCACCUCUUCAUUAGGAUUUUCCAGCCUUUAGGUUUUCCGGAGUUCAUACCUCAGAGGCAGCUGACCAUCUUCUUCUUUCCGUCGCCGCCGCAAUCAUGUCGAGGAGAAAGACCAGGGAGCCCAAGGAAGAGAAUAUCACUCUUGGACCAGCCACCAGAGAUGGAGAACUUGUUUUCUGUGUCGCCCACAUUUUUGCCUCAUUCAACGACACCUUCAUUCAUGUGACUGAUUUGUCUGGAAGGGAAACCAUGGUUCGCAUCACAGGUGGGAUGAAGGUGAAGGCUGACAGGGAUGAAUCCUCUCCAUAUGCAGCUAUGCUUGCAGCACAAGAUGUUUCUACCCGAUGCAAGGAACUUGGCAUCAAUGCUCUUCACAUUAAGCUCCGUGCCACUGGGGGUAACAAGACCAAGACUCCUGGUCCUGGUGCUCAGUCUGCACUUAGAGCCCUCGCUCGUUCUGGAAUGAAGAUUGGCCGCAUUGAGGAUGUGACUCCCAUUCCAACUGACAGCACCAGGAGAAAGGGUGGUAGAAGGGGAAGGAGGCUGUAGGUUUGUCAAUCCGGGUCAGGGUUAUUAUUUGCCGUUGUUUUGGGAUCUAUGGACUUUUGUUUUUAAAGUUUAAACGAUUUUGUUAUUCCUAUUUAGUCGUCGAACAAUAUCUAGUUCCAACUUCAAACUAUGUUGAUGGUUGAUUUAUUUGGGAUGUCGAACUAUUGUGAUAAUUCAGGCAAUGAUUUUGCUGGACCAAUUUUAAAGUAAUAGUUCUUUAUUUUAUAUGA